AUAAAUAGUUGCCGUGUAUGUGUGUUGACCAAGUCUCCUCCACGUCUCAGUCAAGUGUACACGCUCACUACUAAAUACACUUCUUACUGUGUCUAGGUGUAUCUCAACCAGGGAGUGUAGCAAGAUCAACACCCCCCCUAUCUCUCUCCCUCCCUCUUCUGUCUUCUAAAAGGAUGAGGACCUUGCUGCUGGUGGCGAUGACGGUGGCGGUGGUGGUGGCAGGCGGGGAAGUCCAGGAAGAGAGCCACUCAAGAUACAAGCGGCAGUCAGGAAGACGCCAGAACUUCGGCUCUCACGGUAGGCCGGGUCGCGGUCGACCAUUUGGCUCUAGCCCCCAGAAGUUCGUCAGAGAUCCCAUCACAGGUCAGUAUGUACCGGAUGUUGACAGAGACAGUUUUGGUAACCCUGUGGGCAACUUCCCUGCCACUGGCUUCCCUGGUGCCAACGUAGGAGGCUUCCAUGGUGGCCAGCAUCCAGGAGGAGGCUUCCAUGGUGGCCAGCAUCCAGGAGGAGGCUUCCAUGGUGGCCAGCGUCCAGGAGGAGGUUUCCAUGGUGGCCAGCGUCCAGGAGGAGGUUUCCACAGUGGUCAAGGAGGUGGAUUCCAUAGUGGCCAAGGAGGUGGAUUCCAGGGAGGCCAAGGAGGUGGAUUCCAUAGUGGCCAAGGAGGUGGAUUCCAUAGUGGCCAAGGAGGUGGGUUCCAGGGAGGCCAAGGAGGUGGAUUCCAAGGAGGCCAAGGAGGUGGAUUCCAAGGAGGCAACUUACCCACAACAGGUUCACUCUUUGAGGUGUUCCAGCAGCUUCCACAACUGGCUCAGCUGCAGCAGGGGGCCGGCAGUACAGCUGGUGGGGGAGCUGGUGGGGGAGCUGGUUUUCCUAAUGUCUCCGAUUAUGCGCGCCUUAACAUCGGGAAUGGCCAGCCGGAUGUACGGUACCAGGAGUGUGUCACCCCAAGACGUCAGUUCGGUCGAUGUCGUCAUCUACAGUACUGCAUCUUGCCGGAGUUCCUCAAUAAUUAUUCGCUGUUUGUGAGAUACGCCUGCGUUAUCCGGAACACGUUUAUUGGCGUAUGCUGCUCACGACACACAGUGGAUCUAGGAACUACACUGGAGCUUUCUACACCUACUCCAACACCUGCGCCUGCCCCUAGAUGUGGUGUAAGUGACCGCACGACCACUAGGAUUGUCGGAGGAGUAGCAACCAGUCCAGGAGAGUUCCCAUGGGUGGUAUCCAUCCUAAGGAGAGAUGCUACUCCAAACCAAUACUGUGCUGGCGUUCUUAUCUCCAACAGACACGUCCUGACUGUUGCCCACUGCCUCGCCGGGUUCGACUUCAGGCAUAUCUGGGCGAGAGUCGGCGAGCAUGACUUUGACAGGGAAGGAGACACACCCAGUACCAAUGUGAGGAUCGCUGACUUCCGCCUCCACAAGGACUUCAACCCGAGGGACUUCAACAACGACAUCGCUAUCUUAGUGUUGGAGCAACCAGUCAUAUACAAUGACUUCGUGAUCCCCAUAUGUCUCCCACCUUCCAGUCAACAGUUUACGGGAGAUACUGUUACUGUAGCGGGUUGGGGCGCCGUCAAGCACGAAGGUCCGGUGUCGUCUGUGUUAAGGAAAGUCAGUCUACCUGUCUGGACCAACACUGAUUGCGAUGAAGCUUACGACCAACCUAUAAGGGAUUCAAUGAUCUGUGCUGGCUUCCCUGGGGGGGGUCGUGAUGCUUGCCAGGAUGACAGCGGAGGCCCCAUGAUGGUACAGGUGAACGGCACGUGGACUAUUGUGGGUCUGGUGUCCUUCGGAGUCAAGUGUGCCGAGCCAGGGAUUCCCGGAGUCUAUACCAGAGUCAACUACUUCCUCGACUGGAUCAGUGAUAACAUCUGAAUAAUAUCUCCACUGACUGAUGCCACUACCACACAACAGCAGGAGGAGGAGGAAGGAGUAGGAAGAGUAGGGGAGGAAGAUGACGAGGUGGAGUAGUGGAGG